AUGUCUCUUGCUCGCAAAUCUUCUUGUGACUGUUCUUUGGGUUAUGCUCAACAAGCCCCGAAUCCGAGCGAUGGGCAAUCAACGCGACGAUCGGUGGAUGUCAACAACCCCACCCGGACCGAAGUGAUCGCCGGUCCUUCUUUACUCGAACUUCGACACGGUCCAUCAUCUCAUGGUCGUGUUGGGAAGAACAGAUCACGGUCUCGAUCCGCACCUUGCAACUUUCCACCAAGGUCAACACUUCUUUCAACUAGGUCUUGUUCUCCUGCAAGUACCUCUGAGGUAUAUGCCAGUCCUUCAUUGACCUCCCCAUCUGGACACUGCUCCUAUGGAGAAGAAUCAGAGACUGAGAUUUCAGUUUGUGAAACGUUGAGAUCACUCUCUACAGAUGAUUCCAUAACCACGAGCGACUCGGAAGACACUCAGGUCUCUGAGCCUUCAACCACCGAGGGUGAUGAUGAUGUCAUCUCAUCAAAGGCUGGUCAAUUCUUUGAUGAAGAUGUCAGAUUUCCUCCGGUUCCAUCUGUCAUUGAAGGUCCUUUAGAUUUUUCUUUAGUUGAGCAAGUCAGAUGGGAAGAUUGCGCUAAAAGAAGGAUUGCAAGGAUGGUGGAAAAAGAGCCGGUUGUAGCAUCACAACUUCAAGUGGUUGAUACUGGGUACGAUGCUAUACCUCUUGCUGUAAAGCAAGAUAUUAUCACUUGGUUAAUUGCGUUUUGUGCUUUGGAUACCAUGGAAAACAUCGACGCCGAGCAAAUCAAGCUCCGAGCACAUCAAAUCGGUGUGGCAUGCCUUAUGUUGGCCUGUAAAGUUGAUGUCGAUUUCCUGGCACCGUUAGAGAUGUUGGAGCAGCUUGUCUUGGAGACCUUGUCUUACCAAGUGACAUUUCCUACUCCGUGCGACUUCCUCACUGAACUGGUAUUUGCUAUACCAAUGUUGGAAAACCUUGCAUCGCAUUGUGUACAGGAUUGGCAGCUUGUGGAGGAAGGGUUUGAGUGGAUGUACGGGCAUGCAUAUCGACAUCCAGAAUAUGGUCAUUAUCGGUCAUCUGUUCUAACGGUGGCUGUUCUAUUAUUCUGUUUGGAUCAAUGUAUCUUUGAUCAUCCGCGUUCUCAAACCAGAACACUUGGUCAAGUUUGGUGGAGGAAUGUCAAUGGAGUUUGGGCAGAGACAAGGGGACAAGAUUCAUUAGAAGAGGUAUCUUGUAACCUUGCGAGUGAUGAGGUCCGGGGACAUUGGGUGAACCUCAGUGAAGCAGGUAUUAAGACUUCUAUCUGUGAGCUCAUGGGUUUGGAGCAGCCGAUCGUGUUCGAGCGAAUUGUAUAA